CUCCCCCAUCCAAACACAUCCAGCUUCCAUCCAUCCGUCACCACUGGGGAGGAAAACAAGGAGGGAUCACCGGGAUUGCUUUAUCUGCCACGUCCGUGUCAGCACGCGUGAUUUAUUCACAUUACCAAUAACAACAACAAGCAGCUGUUUGACAGAGACGACGCCAAGAGGACGCUUGGGAUACCCGGAGGAAGACGUUAUGGGGGGACACACGGCGGCAUUUUUUCUCUUAAUUGCGGCGACCUUGACACUCUCAUCCGAGGUGCCUGCUGAUGACUCGGUGGGUUUGCUAACCGAGCCGCAGGUGGCCAUGUUUUGCGGCAAGCUCAACAUGCACAUCAAUGUGCAGACUGGCAGGUGGGAGUCGGAUCCCUCUGGCUCUAAGAGCUGCGUCGGCACCAAGGAGGGCAUCCUGCAGUACUGCCAAGAGGUGUACCCAGAGCUUCAGGUCACCAACGUGGUGGAGGCCAACCAACCCGUCAGCAUCCAGAACUGGUGCAAGAAAGGCCGCAAGCAAUGCCGCAGUCACCCACUCAUUGUGGUGCCUUACCGCUGCUUGGUCGGGGAGUUUGUGAGCGACGCCCUUUUGGUUCCGGAUAAGUGUAAGUUCCUGCACAAGGAGCGUAUGGACCAGUGUGAGAGCCAUCUGCAUUGGCACACUUUUGCCAAAGAGUCUUGCGCGGACCGCUCCACGAAUCUCCAUGACUACGGGAUGCUAUGGCCGUGUGACAUCGACCGUUUCCGAGGUGUGGAAUUUGUGUGCUGCCCGGCUGAGGCCGAGCAGGAGUCGGAUAGCGCGGCGCUGGACGGGGAAGAGUCGGACGUGUGGUGGGGCGGAUCUGAGCCUAACGAGAACAACGACAACAGCAUGACUCAGCAUGUCGACACGGAGCCCACUGCUGCAGAAGAUGACGAGGAGGAGGAGGAUGAUGAAGAUACUUUUGAAAGGGAUGGCGAAGACGAGGAUGAGGAGGAGGAGGAGGAAGAAGAAGAAGACGACGACAUGACCAAUGAGCGAGAUAGCGAUGAGCGCAAUGCGAACGUUGCCAUGACAACAACUACCACCACUGAAUCCAUUGAGGAGGUCGUCAGAGCCGUUUGUUGGUCACGUGCCGCAAAAGGCACGUGUGGUGCCAAGCUGGAGCGUUGGCACUUCGUGCCCAAAACUGGACGCUGUGCCCCCUUCUUGUUUGGGGGCUGCGGGGGCAACAGGAAUAACUUUGAUUCCGAGGAAUACUGCUUAGCCGUCUGCAGCAGCUCCUUACCCACUAUGAUGCCCAGUGCUCCUGACGCUGUGGAUCAAUACCUGGAGUCUCCCGGCGACGACAGCGAGCACGGCGACUUCCAGAAAGCCAAGGAAAGCCUGGAGGCCAAGCACAGGGAGAAGAUGUCGCAGGUGAUGAGGGAGUGGGAGGAGGCUGAGAGGAAGGCUAAAAACCUGCCACGUGCUGACAAGAAAGCAGUCAUUCAGCACUUCCAGGAUAAGGUGGAGGCUCUGGAGCACGAGGCUGCCGGAGAGAGGCAGCAGCUGGUGGAGACCCACAUGGCCCGCGUGGAAGCUCUGGUCAACAGCCGUCGACGCAUGGCUCUGGAAAAUUACCUCAGCGCACUGCAGGGAAACCCUCCACGGCCUCGUCAGGUGCUGAGCCUGCUGAAGAAGUACGUCCGGGCCGAGCAGAAGGACCGUCAGCACACAGUCAAACAUUACGAGCACGUUCGAACGGUCGACCCCAAGAAGGCUGCGCAGAUUCGGCCUCAGGUUUUGACCCACCUGCGUGUGAUUGACGAGAGGAUGAACCAGUCCCUGGGUUUGCUCUACAAAGUGCCCACUGUGGCCAACGAGAUACACAACCAAGUCUCUGUCAUCGUGCAGAGAGUCCAGUCCGAGCUGUCUCAGCAAGUCUCUUCCUUGCAGAGUGACACCAGGGUGGACAGAAUGAGCUACGGGAACGACGCCCUCAUGCCCGACCAGGCCUACAGCUUCGCUCCUAUGGACCCAGGCCUCGACAGGCUGGGCUUCAUCCACCCUGAGAGCUUCAACCAGCCCAACACUGAGAACCACGUUGAGCCUGUCGAUGCUCGCCCAGUUCCAGAUAGAGGACUACCCACACACCCUGGGUCUGCCCUGAAGCCAGAAGAGAUGCCCCAAGUGCGACUUGAGACCAAGGAGAGGCAAAGUGCUGGCUAUGAAGUCCACCAUCAAAAACUGGUAUUUUUUGCUGAGGAUGUGGGCUCCAAUAAAGGUGCCAUCAUCGGGCUGAUGGUGGGAGGCGUUGUCAUAGCGACCGUCAUUGUCAUCACCCUGGUGAUGCUGAGGAAGAAGCAAUACACUUCUAUUCAUCACGGCGUCAUCGAGGUGGACGCGGCAGUGACACCAGAGGAGCGUCACCUGGCCAAGAUGCAGCAGAACGGCUACGAGAACCCCACCUACAAAUUCUUCGAGCAGAUCCACAACUAAACAAAAACCAACCACCCCGCAGGCUCUGUUCCUGUCUUGCUCCUCUCCACCCUUCUGUUUGUUUUUAAACGUUUGACCUGGAUGACUCGCCGUGGUUUUAAAGUGAAAGAGCUGCGGGACAGAGCCGUGCGGAUCCCCCAGUUGCACAACGUAUACUAACACUAAUUUCGGCAGACAAGGGUUACUCCGCGUCACCUGCACAUUUUAGCCACACCUGAACCCUUGCACAACUCCUUGACUGACUAUAGAUAUACAGUAUAUAUAGAGAGAAAGAAAUAUAUGAAGAAAAUCGUGUCAUUACAGCACUAUACGCUAAAUAUUUCAACAUUGUUAAAAAAAUGAAAGAAAAACUAACAUAAGAAUGAAUACUGGCGGGUUUUUUUUCAAGUGUAACAUAUGAAGAAGGCUGUUAAGUCGAUGUCGUGCACGGCGGAUACAGUUAGCGUACAAGAAGUCUGAGAUCAGGGGCGUCCAACGUUGUGAUGAACUGAAGUACUGCUACCUCGGGUUUCAUUAUCAGGCUGCUCCUGGACACCCUAUCGUAUGAAAAGCCAAGCUAUUUCUCACAUAGGAAAUCUGUUUUAGACACCCAAACACAAGACUUUUUCAAAAGAAUAAUGAUCAUUUUACAGACGGACAAGACUUUUUCAAAAUAAUAAUUACCAAUUUACACAUGGACAAUACUUUUUCAAAAGAAUAAUGAUAAUCUUACACACGGACAAGACUUUUUCAAAAGAAUAAUGAUCAAUUUACACACGGACAAGACUUUUUCAAAAGAAUAAUGAUCAUUUUACAGACGGACAAGACUUUUUCGAAAUAAAAAUAAUCAAUUUACACACGGACAAUACUUUUUCAAAAGAAUAAUGAUCAUUUAACACACGGACAAGACUUUCAAAAUAAAAAUUAUCAAUUUAGACACGGACAAUACUUUUUCAAAAGAAUAAUGAUAAUUUUACAGACGGACAAGACUUUUUCAAAAUAAAAAUGAUCAUUUUACACACGGAAAACACUAGAAAAUGCAUAUGAAUAACGACCAAAAUGAAGAAAUUAGCAUUUAACAUCACUUUUGACAUUUUUACUGAGGACUCUUGACGGGAAUGAAGAAGCCCUUGGAUUGUAUGGCUAGACUUACUUAACAGUGCGGUGCGUUCAAUGACAAUGUGAAAACACGGUCUCUUGUUGACUUUGAUUAAACCACAACUUUUUUGGGGGGGGCUCUGUGGUGGCCUAUUUUGCAGCUGUGCUCAAUUAAAACAAGGGAGUCGUCAAUGCGGGUUUAACUACUAAAACCAGGAUAUAUUUUCGGUGAAAAUUUUCACCCUAAACCUCGGUGUCUAUUGAGAACCUAAUAUUUUGUGUCAAUGUUGACAAGCAUGAAAAUUCCGCACCACUGCCCUGAUGUAGGUAUUAUUUUUCUUAUUCCAGCCUUUCUUUGACGUUUUUUUCCUCCUACAUUUCUGAACCAAUUCAUAUUAAUGAAAGACCAACAUUUGCAGCUAAUUCCAAACUCGUUAAAGUUAGCAUGCUAACUUGUAUAGCUAAUUUUUGCUGGUAGACACCUCAGAGGCAUAGACUUUUUGGUACUUGAUGCAUGUUAGCUUCUUCAGUUAAUUUUGCAGGCACACACAUCAGUCAUAUAAUUUCAUACUCGACACAUGCUAACUGUUAGAAUGCUAAAAUGAGCAUGUUAACUUUUUUUCCAGCACAUUUCACAGUUACGGUGUACAUCUCAGAGUCAUAAUUUGAUAUUUUACACAAAUGCUAACUGUUAGCAUUUUCAGUUAAUUUUGCAGGCACACACAUAAGUCAUAUAAUUUAAUACUUGACUCAUGCUAACUGUUAGAAUGCUUAAAAGGAGCAUGUUAGCUUUUUUCCCCAGAAAACUUCACAAUUAUACAUCAGAGAGUCAUAAUUUGAUAUUUGACAGAUGCUAACUGUUAGCUUUUUCAGUUAAUUUUGCAGGCACACAUGUCAGUCAUAUAAUGUAUUACUUGACUCAUGCUAACUGUUAGAAUGCUAAAAUGAACAUGUUAGCUUUUUUCCAGAAAAUUUCAGUUAUACAUCCAAGAGUCAUAAUUUGAUAUUUGACACAUGCUAACUGUUAGCAUGUUAGCUUUUUUAAGCUAAUUUUGCAUAUAUUUGCCUAAGAGUCAUAUAAUUCGGUGCUUCAUGGAUGCUAACUGUUAGCACGCUAAUGUUGGAAUGCUAAUUUUUUCGCUUGUUUUGCUGAUAGGCGAUUUAGUGUGGUAUAUUUUGUCAAAUGUUGCUAUCUGGCCACCGUGCUACCAAUCCAUGUUGGGCUUUUUAGCAUUUACACGCAAUUUCUUCCGACAUUCCAUAUUGUAGUUACUGAAUGAGUUGCUGGCGCCAGCAUUCUGCAUAAAUCACCUCGUUGUCAAAAUAAGGUGACAAAGAAAAUUUGCGCAAUA